AUGUCACAAUCAUAUCUUUCCCCAGCAGAGUAGCUAGCUAGUCGCUAUAUUUAGCAAGAUCCAACGUUCAGACGUCUAUCUAGCAACGUUCAAUCGUCGAAGGAUGGAAAACCAUGGCGCUGUCGCCGCCGGCGGCAACGCAGAGGCAGAGGAGACGUCGUUCAUGACCGCGCAGGAGCUCAUAACCACGCACAUCGUCUCCAUGACCCUGAAGGCGGCGAUGGAGCUCGGCCUCAUUGACGCGCUCGCGGAGGCGCCCGCAGGCCGCGCGCUUACGGCGGGCGAGCUGGUCGCGCGGCUGCGUCUGCGUCUGCCGCAAACAACGCCGAUCGAUCAGAUGGCGGCCGCGGUGGACCGGAUGCUGCGGUUCCUCGUGUGCCACGGCGUGGUGAGGUGCGCCACGGAGGAGGAGGAUGAGGGAGCGGGGCCGGGCGGCGCGGCGGUCCGGCGGUACGCGCCGGCGCCGGUAUGCCGGUGGCUCUCCAGCAACCAAGGCGAGGGGACGCUGGCUCCCCUGGCGAUGUUCGGGUUCAAGAACGCUAUCCUGAUGCCCUGGCACCAUUUGGCGGAGGCGGUGCUGGAGGGCGGGGUCGCCUUCGAAAUGGCCCACGGGAUGCCGGCUUUCGAGCACAUGGGGAAGAACCCUCAGCUGAACGCACUAUACAACCAGGCCAUGUCCCGGCUGUCAGCGCUCGUCUGUGACAAGCUGCUCGAGCGCUUCACCGGGUUCGACGGUAUCGGCGUCCUCGUCGACGUCGGCGGCGGCGUCGGCACCGUUCUGGGGAUGAUUACCUCCUGGUACAAGCACAUCAAGGGCAUCAACUUCGACCUUCCUUUCGUCGUCAGCCAGGCAAAACCAAUACCAGGCGUGGAACACGUAGGCGGGAACAUGCUCGACUAUGUCCCGGCCGGCGACGCCGUCUUUAUGAAGUCGGUGCUGCACCUGCUGAGCGACGAGGACUGCGUGAAGCUGCUCAAGAACUGCCACCGGGCGAUCCCGGACAACGGUAAGGUGAUCGCCAUGGAGGUGGUCCUGCCGGCGACCCCGGCUGAGACGCAGGCUGGGCGCUUCCCGUUCCUCUUCGACAUGAUCUGCCUGCUCAACAGCCUAAAGGGAGGGAAGGAGAGGACGGAGCGGGAGUUGACCAUGCUCGCCAGGGACGCCGGCUUCCACGGCGCCGUCCGGUCCACCGUCGUCUUCGGGGGUUACUGGGCGCUCGAGUUCACCAAGUAGCAGCCAGCGCGCCACCUAGCUGCACGUACGCAUGGAUGCUAUCUACUUUCUCGACAGGUUCAUUUGUGAGGUUGCUAGUGUCUACAUGUAUGCAUGUAUCCCAUUGAAUAAGCUAGCCAAGCGGCCGGCCGACAUGUAUAUGUAUGUACGUGUUUAUUCACAAGAUUUGUCCAAUUCAUUGUUCGAAUAAUAGCACUUUUAGAUUUAAUUUAA